AUGGCGGGCAGUGUGUGGGCAUCCCUGGGACUCUCCCUUGCCUGCAUCUCAGCCCUCAGCCUCUGCUCUCCCGUCUGGUUCCAGACCCCCACCUUCUCCUUUGGCGUCCUCACCUACUGCUCCUGGCCUCAGGGUAACGGCUGGAACCAGAGCUGUGGAGCCUUCAGGUCCCUGGAUGACAUUCCUGACUUUGCCUGGAAGGUCUCAGCUGCAAUUCUCCUUGGAGGAUGGCUCUUGUCGGCCUUCAAUGCAGUUCUCCUCCUGUCCUGGGCCCUGGCCCCCAAAGGGCUGUGUCUCAGAAGGGGCAGUGGCCCAAUGCCAGGGGUGCAGGCAGCUGCAGCCACUGCCACCAUUGCGGGCCUGCUGGUUUUCCCCAUCAGCCUGGACUCCCCAUUUGCCAAGGAAGCCUGUGGAACCUCCUCCGUGUACUGCAGUGGCCAGUGCCAGCUGGGCUGGGGCUAUGUGACUGUCAUCUUCAGCGCGGUCCUGGCUAGCUUUCUGCCUAUGAUUGGGUGGCCCCGCAUGACUCAGGUCCAGGGGAGGACCAUCCUCUUCUCCAGUGACACUGAGAAAAGCAUCCUCAUGCCAGAAAUGAACAAAUAAAAAUUUCCCAAGAGGAGAAAAAGAAAA